AUGAAGUUCGCUUUUGGUCUCGUCGCUGCCGCCAGUGCCCUCCAGCCAGUGCCGGUCAUCAUCGGUGGCUCGACUGCUUCUCCCCACUCUCAGCCCUACAUUCUCUCCCUCCAGCGAAGCGGCAGCCACUUCUGCGGCGGUUCCCUCGGUGGCACCCUUUCCAAGGGUAUCACAGCUGCCCACUGCUACCAGACCAGCGUCACCGCCGUCGCUGGAGCUCACAACAUCAAGCAGAAUGAGAGCACUCAGCAGAAGAAAUCCGUCUCCAGCUUCGUCCGACAUCCAAACUACAACAGCCGAAACCAGCAAAAUGACAUUGCAGUUCUCAAAUGGUCUGGAUCCUUCUCUUCUACUUCUGCUGUCAAGUACAUGAGUCUCCCAGCUGCCCAGAACCGAGAAUGGAUGCCCCACGGCGCCAACGUCCGCGUCUGCGGCUGGGGCAACACCUCCACCGGCAUCAUCGCCAACUACCCCUCUGAGCUCAAGUGCGUCAACGUCAACAUCAUCCGCAACUCGAUCUGCAACGACCGAAGCCACUACAACGGCUCCAUCCUCAGCGGUAUGUUCUGCGCUGGUAUCCUCGACGUCGGCGGCAAAGACGCUUGCCAGGGUGACUCCGGCGGACCAGUUGUCUACAACAACCAGAUGGUCGGCGCCACUUCUUGGGGAAUCGGAUGUGCGGAGGCCAAGUACCCCGGUGUCUACACUGACGUCGCCAUUUACAAGAACUGGAUCAACGCUCAGUAA